AUGGAAAACAAUACAGAAGUAACUGGAUUCAUCCUUCUAGGACUAAUCGAUGUCCCACACCUGCAGUUUCCUCUCUUUAUCAUGUUCACUCUCAUUUAUCUCAUCACUGUGGUUGGGAAUCUGGGGAUGAUUAUGUUGAUUCUGUUGGACUCUGGUCUUCACUCUCCCAUGUACUUUUUCCUCAGUAACUUGUCUUUGGUGGAUUUUUGUUACUCUACAGUUGUCACUCCCAAGGUGAUGGUUGGGUUCCUUAAAGGAGACAAGGCCAUCUCCUACAAUGCAUGUGCAGCUCAGAUGUUCUUUUUUGUGGCCUUGGCUACUGCAGAAAAUUUCCUCUUGGCGUCAAUGGCCUAUGACCGCUAUGCAGCCGUGUGUAAACCCCUGCAUUACACCACCACCAUGACAACAAGUGUGUGUGUUCAUCUGGCCAUAGGCUCCUAUGUCUAUAGUUUCAUAAAUGCCUCCAUCCACAUCAGGGACACAUUCAGUCUUUCUUUCUGUAUGUCCAAUCUGGUCCAUCACUUUUUCUGUGAUGUCCCAGCAGUUAUGGCUCUCUCUUGCUCUGAUAGACAUGUUAGCGAGCUGAUUCUUGUUUUUGUGGCAAGCUUCAAUACCCUUUUUGCUCUCCUGGUUAUCUUGAUUUCCUACCUGUUCAUAUUUAUCACCAUCCUGAAGAUGCACUCAGCUGAGGGACACCUAAAGGCUUUGUCCACCUGUGCUUCUCACCUCACUACAGUCUCUAUAUUCUAUGGGACAGUCAUAUUUAUGUACUCCCAGCCAAGCUCCAGUCACUCCAUGGACACAGACAAAAUUGCAUCUGUGUUCUAUACUAUGGUCAUCCCCAUGCUUAAUCCUGUGGUCUACAGCCUGAGGAACAAAGAAGUCAAAAAUGCAUUCAAGAAGGUGGUAGAGAAGGCAACGUUGUCUCUAGGCUUGACCUUUUAA